GGCAGAGUCGUUGCAACAAUCGCAGCCUGCACAUCCACCAGCAUUCAGUUGUACGCGGCUGCUCCUUCAGUAAGGACGCACAGCACUCCCUUAAGGCCAGGCCACAGCCAGACGUCACUUCAGCAGUGCAGUGUAAAACGAACUUGUAACUGGAAUCUGCUAAAUCACUCAGCAGUGGCACCUGCGAUAAGGCUAGGCGGAACAGCAGAGAAGACCGCAUUCCGGCCAUGUCCUGCAGCACAGCUGGACAGCUAAGCCGGCAAGCAGUGGACGCUGUAAGCAGUUUACAGCCUGCAUUACAUAAAUGCUAAGGCACUGCUAAGCGAGCAAGCCGCAGAUAGACUCGUUAAGAUUCCGCCAGCGAAUCACAGUAGCUAAUUAGUCAGACCUUGCCACUUGCCACUUUCCACCAUCCUAGCCUUAGUGACUCGCGCUUGUGUAUGUAGGGAUACAGAGUCUGUAUCAGUGUUUCUCACGCUCGUUUUGUUUGUCUUUUUUGUGUCGUGUGCAAUUUGGUCUGUGAACAUUACCAAGAUACUGAAAUACUGAGCUACUGUGUUACUAACUAGAGAAAAACUAAUUCAUAUUAACUUGUUGUGUGCCCCAGUCUGUGCAGCCAGCCAGCCUGCCAUCCAGCCCGUGCAGCCUCAGAGUGCAUUUUCAUUAAAGUCAACAAGUUGCAGCCACAUAACGUCAAAUAAAAGCAGCGUCACGUUCACCGCACUCAACAUGAUGGCCACGUCACAGGAUUACUUCAAUCCGUACGCCCUGUUCCGCGGCCCACCCACCACUCUGCGGCCGCGCGAGUCCCCGCUAGGCGUCGGCCAUGCCCACGCCCACGCCCACAGCCAUAUCCACGGACACGCGCAUACCCACGCCCAUGGGCAUAGUCACGGCCACGGACACGGCCAUGGCCAUGCCCUCAGCGGACACGGCUAUGCAGCCCUCGACUUGCAGACGCCGCACAAGCGCAACAUCGAGACAGAUGUGCGGGCCCCGCCCCCGCCGUUGCCGCCGCCGCCGCUGCCGCCCACAUCGCCGAGGUAAGCCCCACAAGGGAUUAAGCGGAGAGAGGGGCGCGAGACGAGCAAAGAAACGAAGUGAACCCCAGCCCCCCACCCCAAUCGAACCCCCAACCAAUUGAUAUGCAUAUCAUCCGCAACACGUCAAGCCCACUUCUCUGCCACAUCUUCAAUCAACCAACACCGACACCCAGCAAAAACGCAAGAGCCCAAUUUCGUUUCCUAUACAAUGCAAUUCAAGAUUCAAGCUUAAAGUUUAAAGUUGAAAUGCCCUUAAAAUAUCACGCCCAAGAUCAAACAUAAAGUAAAAAGCUAGAGUUAAAAUGUAGAGUCAUUCAAAUAUCGGAUAUAUUAGCUUUUAUUCACAAGCAUUUGCCAAUGGACUUUGAACCCAUCAAAUCAAGUAAAAGCAAAUCCAAAGAAAUAAAGAGAGAAUCGCAAGAGAAAGUGUUUGCUACGCUACAGAAUGUAAUCCCUAGUUAAUAAUGUAUUUUCUCCUUCGAUAAGUACUACUACCACUGUAAGAGUUGACACCAAGAAAAGGUAAAGAUUAAAGAUAAAAGUAAUGAGAGUAUUAUAAGAAAACAAGUAACUAUUGCAGAGCAUUUCGAAAAGCACUUGUACCGUUCUAGGAUUAAGUACAGUAAACAGUAAACAGAAGUAUACGUAUUAGCAAUCCAAUACGAUUCAAGUAAUUAGUAAUUAUUAGAGUUUCGAAUCAGUCAGUUUAAUCAGCUUUAGAUUUCGAUUAACACAUAUGCAGAAUAUUUACAAGUUAUAUAGAAGAUAUACACAACAUAUAGCAAAUAUAUUAUACAGUAUUAUAUAGCCAAAACCAAGGAGUUGUAUGCCAUAGCCAUAGCCAUAGCCAUAGAAUAGAGUUACCAUUUAAAUACUUAGUAGUUACAGACAGCUAACUGAACGGGUCCACAGUAUACCCAUUAACAAAUACUUUAAUCGCUUACAAUAAUCGAAUGAUAUUCUAAAUAUUCAAGUUAGUAGCGCAACGAUAACUUUAAUCGAUCCUAGCUAAUCCCAACUCAAAGUAUACGUAAAUCGCAAUCAAAGAAUUUCCUAAUAACCACUCUUGACAUACUCUUUCAAAGCAAUACGGUAAACAAUAACUAACACUAUAUACACUAUAGUUAAGGUAGAUCGAAUGAAUAUAUAUAGAAUAUAUGUAGUAGACUACUUAGUUUAUGCCUAAUCACUAUUAGUAGUCCUAAGCCCAUAGGCAUAGACCGAGCACCAGGCGAGAUGCACCAUGUAAAAUGCAAAAAUUUAACUACCAAGAGUACAAAGUGUGAAGGAGUGUCCCCCAAAGAAGUUGAACAAUUGGCCAGCCCAAAAAACUCUACCCAGUAGUACCCCCCAUUAGACUUAAGACUUAAGAAAUUGUAAAGCAAACACUUUUCAAGUGACUUAAAGAUACAACUAAUCAGAGCCAAAUCAAGCAAACUGUGAGAAUUCGAUGAAGUGUGGAGGCGGAGCAACGCAAACCCGGAGCAACCGAGAAUCAUCAAUCAACGCCACCCCGGAGAAGCUGCUCUUCAAUCAACACUCAACCCGAACCGGGGCAACCCAUCAACGUAUAUUUUAGUAUUCAAAUCAAUCCAAAAAAGUAGCUUUCAUCUCUCUAUCUCUCUUAUAAACCUAAAGAAAAA